GAGAAGAGGACCAACUGCCAAACUAAGGUUCCAAUAAAACACCUUGAUCUCUCAGCUCAGUCAUCUGUUCAGAUUAUUGCCUAUUAUUACUAUUUUCAAGUUCACAACAUAAUAUCUUGACCGGACUGAGUGAUCAGCCCGGCUACAAUGGCGAUGCACAGUCCAUAUCUUUUCUCCUUGCGAGCAAUGCGACCUAUUACCAUCGGAAAGCAAUGCUUCCGGCACCUUCACAAGCAGGUGCCUUCUGUUGCAAUACCUUCGCCAACACCAUUUGUCCCAGACGUCCAGACUUUCCUUACACUAAUCGGCCGUGGCAUGAAUAAACACACCAGCAAGCUGCCAUCUUGGGAUAAACUGUUUUCCGUUAGUUCGCCAGAGCUUAAAGAGUUGGGCAUUGAACCUGCAAGCCAGCGACGGUAUUUACUCCGCAAAAGGGAGAAAUUUAGACGAGGGAUUUUCGGUCCUGGCGGUGACUUGCAGCACGUUGUCAAUGGUACUGCACAAUUGCGGGUGGUUGAGGUCCCGAAGAAGCCAAAGGAUAUCGCGGAAAGCCACAAAUCCGCAAGCCUCUCAAAUUAUGCGGCCAAUUCCUCCCCAGGCACGAGGAAGAUCGUUGUCAACCUGCCACCAGAUGCCAAAGAAUAUAUCCACAACCAAUCUCAGCCACCAAAAAAGAUCGCAUACAUGAGAGUUCACCACGGCAGCACUAUAAAGGGCCCUUUCCUACAGCCGAUCAAGGGUACCAAAGGUAGCGCAGCUUUAUUCGAGUUGAAGGAAGGUAUGUGGGAGGAUCGACUUGGAGUCAAGGUGGAUGGUGGUGAAAGACGACGUGCGGAAGUCAGAGCGAAACGGAGGAGCGAAGAGAGGCGGAAAGGCACUAUCUAAAAACCUAGAAAUUCUUAGAUAGGUUCACAUUAGCUUGUGGUAUACCUGUUUCUUCUGUAUUUCUACAAGCUUGCACCAAAUUUUGCUGUAUGUACUAUAGGCAUUCAUAUUUUAUUGCUGUUGCACUAUUUUAUAAAUCAUGCUUGUAUUAUCUUGC